GCAGCACAUUAAAGAUUAAUCCAAAACGUUUUAGGUCCAUCUUCAAAAUUAAGUCAAGUUCUGGAAGUGUACCCAAUUCAGUCUCGAGAAUUUGUACGAACAAUCCUGAAAGUAGAUCACAGGCAUCCGCACCGCAUAAUAUUGCAUCAAUGUUUAACGAGUACUUUCAUUCGGUAUACACCAGCGUCUUGGAACAACCAUCCUCAACUCAACCUAGUUCAUCUUCUUCAAUAUCAAGUAUUUUAUCAAUUGAUCUCACCCAAGAAGAAGUGUGCCAUGCUCUACAGAACUUAAACCCUUCCAAAGCUCAUGGUCCUGACGGGAUUCCUUCACAUAUUCUGAAAGAAUGUGCUCACCAAUUGGCGCCAUCACUUCAUUACCUUUUUAGUAAGUCACUCAAAAUAUACCAGGUUCCCGCGGAAUGGAAAUUAACGAACAUUAUUCGAAUACACAAGAAAGGUAACAAGGACUACGUUGAAAAUUACCACCCAAUCUCCUUGUUAUCCAUC